UAUACUUUUCAAAGAAACAACAAAUUUUGUGACGAGUGGACGUUUUAGCGGACGAAAAGUGUGAAAACAGAACAGCACAUUGAAGAACAGAACAGAAAGAGACGGACUACGGGGAAAGGUGGCAAGGCAAAGAAAGUGCCAUAUGAACUGAGUGUGCGAGCGGGAGAGAGCAAAUUGAGUACUGCCUGUUUUCAUUUGUAGUUGUAACUCAGUGUGCGUGUGGGUGCUUGCGUACGAAGUGGCAAGCAAAAAAAACAAACAUAAUUCCAAGGAAAUUUCCAAUCAUGUCGGUGGAAUCCUCCAGUUCGGCGGUUCAGCAGCCGCCGUCAUCCUCGACUUUACCGCUCUUGGGGGACAACCAGGUGGUGGCUACUACCAGUUCCGCGUCCUCAGCGUCUUCCUCCUCGUCAUCAUCUUCGGUGGGCGGUGGUAAUGUUGUGGGCGUUCCGCUAGACACACAGAGUAGCGGUGAACCGCCGGCUAAGAAACAAUUGUUGGACGGAGGAGGAGUUGGUGCCACCAGCAGCAGCACCUCUUCCCUCUCUAGUGCUGCAGCCGCAUCGGGAAUGCAUGAAAAGCUGGCCCACCGCAUAACCAAUGCCCUGUGCUGCGCUGUCUGCCUGGACUUACCCAAGACGGCCAUGUACCAGUGUCAGAUGGGACACCUGAUGUGCGCCGCUUGUUUUACCCAUCUUCUGGCGGAUGGACGCCUUCGCGAUCAAAUUGCCACUUGCCCCAAUUGCCGCGUGGAAAUUUCAAAGAGCACCGCUUCACGUAACUUGGCCGUAGAGAAGGCCGCUUCAGAAUUGCCCAGCGAGUGUCAGUUUUGCAACAAGGAGUUCCCUUACAAAUCACUCGAACGCCAUGAACAACACGAGUGCCAGGAGCGCCCCACUAAAUGCAAGUAUCAUCGCAUUGGUUGCCAGUGGCGGGGACCCUAUCAUGAGACUAACGAGCAUGAGCGCAACUGCUUGCACCCCCAGAAGUCUGGCUACGAGGUAAUGGCUGCCCUGGAGGCCCACGAUGACAGAAUCAAGGAGGAGAAGAAGAUGUUCAACACAUUGAUUGACUUGCUUAGCUAUGAAAAGAUCAUAUUCAAUGAUCUUCAAAUGAAACCCUAUCGGACGGACGAAUACGUUCACAAGCUUUUCUACGAGACGGCCCGCUUCUCGGCCUUCAAUCAGCAGUGGGUGGUCAAGGCGCGCAUCAACAACAGCCAGCGCGAUCCGCAUCAGUCGAACGAGCGGACCAUCACCUAUCAACUGAUUCUGAAAACAAAAACCAGCACGCCGAUGAGCAUACAUUUCUUUGCGCUCAAGGGUCCGUUCUCUGAUAUGAAAGUUUCCACCCAGAUAUACAAACACGAAUUCACUGAGACGAGUACCGAGAGUGAGUAUUAUGUAUUGCCAUUGCCAGACGGCAUAGGUGGCAGCGGCUCAAGUGAAUGUAACCGUAUGCUAGCCAACAAAGGCAUUAACUUCCGCCUGCUCAUGUUUCUGCUGAACAAGUAAACAAGUUCACUUAGCAGUCGAUGAAGAUUUUCAAAUUAGCUUAAGUUUGUUGUUUCAAACUCUUGAAUGUGCAAAACCUAGACAUAGUUGACUUAUAUUUUCUAUAACUGUAUAUGUAAAACUUUAAAGCGGAAACCACGAGCCUAGACUAACAGAUACCCGUUCCCCGAAGCCCGGACCCGUUAACACAAACGUCUUAUAUAUUUCAAUCAUGUUCAAGAACACGCAGACGUAACGCGGUAGGUUGUAACCUAAGUUUAGUGUAGUUUCGCCUACAUUUUGUACAUGAGAUGACGCCAUUUUAUGGAGAAGUUUUUCAAUAUCUAUGUUAAUUUUGCUGUUAGUGCUGGUGGCGAUAUGGAAUCGAUUGAUGGACAAGACGGCAGAUGUGUUUGACAAAUGUUAAAAUGAUCUCACAGGAAGGAGCCAGCCCACACUAACCCAAUAAUACCGAUAAUAACCAUUAAAUAGCUAUAGAUUAACUGUCCGGACACAAGGACCUUGAGUCCAUGGCUCCGUUUUCACUGUAAGAAGAACAACACCAAGUUGAAUUUUGAACUCUAAGCAGGCGCAUAAACACAUAAAACGCUCUAUGAUAUAAUGUAUGUAGCUCUAGAAUUCUAUGAUCACAUAGCCCGGGCCGUAGCAAAAACACCCAAUAAACUCAAGUCCUCACGUU